AUGGGACAUGAAAACAUCACAGAAUUCAUCCUCCUGGGUCUUUUUAGUGAUGAGAAGGCGGAGGUUGCCUGCUUGGUGCUGUUCUCACUUUGCUACGUUGCAAUCCUCUCAGGAAAUCUGCUCAUUCUCCUCACCAUCCGGGGAAGCCGCCUCAGUGAACAGCCCAUGUACUUUUUCCUCAGCUACUUGUCCUUUGUGGACGUCUGCUUUACCUCCACCGUGGCCCCCAAACUCAUCACUGACUUAUCGGCCCAGCAGAAGAUCAUCUCCUACAACGGCUGCAUGGCCCAGAUGUUUUCUGCCCACUUCUUUGGGGCCACUGAGAUCUUCAUCUUGGUGGCCAUGGCCUAUGACCGCUACGCAGCCGUCUGCCGACCUCUUCACUACAUGGUCAUCAUGAACAGCCAGGUGUGCUAUGUCCUCGUCGUGGCUUCUGCUCUCGGAGCAUUUAUCCAUUCCAUCCUGCAAGUGCUGAUUGUCCUCGGACUUCCCUUCUGUGGCCCCAAUCAGAUAGACCACUAUUUCUGUGAUGUGUUCCCCUUGCUGAAGCUGGCCUGCGCCGACACUAGCCUGUGGGUGAUCGCAAUCAUUGCCACCACAGGGGGGCUGUCCCUUUUGACCUUUGUGGCCUUGGUCAUUUCUUACGUCAUCAUCCUGUCCACGCUGCGGACCCGCCCCUCCGAGGGCCGCCGCAAAGCCCUCUCCACCUGUGGCUCCCACGUCACCGUCGUGUUCUUGUUCUUCUUGCCCCUCAUCUUCACCUAUGUCCCCACGGCUGAUUCUGUCGGUAACGACCAGAUUUUUGCCCUGUUUUACACCAUGAUCGCCCCCAUGUUCAACCCUCUCAUCUACACACUGAGAAACACAGACAUGCAGAAUGCCAUGAGGAAAGUGUGGUGCCGAGACAACCUCUCCAAAGGGAAGCGGAGCCUCUGGGGGGUGUGCCCUUUGCCGGAUCUGUUCUGUCGGCAGAACCAUUAA